UACAUGUAUGAUUGAGAUCUUUAUCUAUUAUAGAGAUACAUAUUACUUAGGGAGAAAUAAUAAUAGAUCUUAAAGAAAAGUAUCGCUCUCUAGAUAAAUUAGAUUUGAUUUUAGACGGUAGUAGCCAAAAGAGAAGGAUCAGAAUAUGUUGGGAUGUUGGAACCUUCUGGAUGCCUACCUAUACUGGAUGCUGCAAACACAGCUUAGCAACACGUAGGCCACAGUGUUUAUUUCAUUAAUUUAUUCGACAGCUUCAUAUAUCUUAAGCAACUCAUUCUCUAUUACUUUCUUGCCAAAAUGAAUCUAUUUCGUUAUCAAUUUGACAUCCAUCAUAAUAUUCCUCCAUCCUGAGGCCACUGCUUUCCUUCCAUGGCCGCCUCCCGGCAGCCACCUUCCGCAUCUCGGUCAUCUUGAUGUCACUGCUGGUCACUAUUCAAAUACAGAGCUAUUCACCUAUUCAAAUAUAGAGCUGUUCACCUAUUCAAAAAUGCCUGAGCCUACAUUCCACACCUUCGCGCUGGUAGUCUUUGGAGGCAGGGUGUUUGACACGGCCCUGGCAACAGACUUUGUGAUGAUCGCGAAGAAGUUCAUGGCAGACGGGGUGCAUCCAACAUGUCUCUCAGGAACCCAUCUUCUUGAUAUCACAAAUUUGUCCGGGCCGUUUCUGUUCGGGAGAGAGGACUUGCGAGAGAGGGUCCCGAUUUACGACAGCCAGGAGGCCAUAAGGCCAUUCUAUCGACUAGAGGCCCACGGCCUCAAAUCACACAUCAUGGACUGGAUCAGAAAUAUCUCCGGUCAGGUAGGCCCUGGCGAUCGCAUUACAAUCGUUCUGAUCGGGCAUGGUAUCAAGAGAGAUGGCGCUGUCACGCUAUAUCCUCAGCACGCACAACAGGAGUUUCUGUCCAAAGCCGAGAUGAUUGCCGCUCUCUCUGUCUUGCCGCCUAACGUGCGCCUCCUAAUCGUCAACGAGGCUUGUUACUCCGGCACGUGGGCCACGAUAGCCCCCGAUGUAGGCGCCCAGCGAGAUGUGCUUGUCGAGACAGCAGCCACCCUCGGCGAGCAGUCCUGGACCUAUACCUCGGGCUCCGGCCGAAACCGGUGCUCUUUAUUCGGAGCGGCGUUUGUGGAGGAGCUUACCACCCACCCCGAGGGAAGAAUCUCUCAGCAUCGCAGUCGAAUAGUCGACGAGAUGCUCCAUGUUGGGCCUGACCAGAAAACCUCUACACCGCUGGUGAUCCCCUCCGCCCGCGCUCUUCUGUCCCACAAUAUCUCGCACUUCAUCCUCUCACCAAAAAUUGCGACUGCGAUCACGAAUGUGGCUUCUGCUCAGGAUCGUCAUGAGGCACUUCUUCAAUCACGGACCUCUGCCCGGACUUUUUGGAGAAGAAUUCGUCGCAGGAUGAGUCUAGACCAAGAACCAGCGCAGGCGUUAGCGGGAGACAGCCCGGUGGAAGAUAGCACCGGUAUCGACAUGAAAGCUAUCGUUAUAGAGAACUACCUGAAAGACCUCGGGCCGCUAAAGAGUGCGCUCGACUAUUGCACCCUUGCAACUGCCUGUCAGUACGCUCUUGAAGGUCGUGGGCCUCCGGAUUUGCAAGACCAGGUGAUAGCUACUAUUGCCUGGCAGGCAGCCCAGAUGCAACGGGUUGGCCGGUUGCUGGAACAUCUGACCAAGCAGGGUCUGAUCACAGAUGUAGUCGACGUGGAAAUAGCCGAUCAAGCACUGGCGGACCACGAAGAAGACGUCGUGGUGCCCGUGGCGGAGAGGUUUCACCGGGACCACAAGCUGUCGUGUUUAAUGAACCCCCCGACUGCAGGCCAUGUUGGUAUCCACUUCAACGAUGCACAGGGCUGGCUUAUUGGAAUCUUGGCUUAUAACUGGCUGAUGCACCCGGACAAGUUCGAUCUUGAUCGCGUGGAGGACGAGGUGUUUGCGUUUCUAGCUUAGUUUGUGUGUUUCUCGCUCUUCUUUCUGUUGCUAGCCUUAUCUGAUUCACU